GAAAUUAUCCAAAAAAAAAAAAAAAAAAAACUACACCGGUUUUUAAUUUGGUCUAAGAAAAUUGUAAAAUUUUCACAGGAAAAAAUAGUUUAGACAGCGAAAAAUAAAGUGACAUGGCUCAGAGUGGUCUCACAAAGCUGGUACACAGUGUCCUACGUGAUGUGGGUAAACAGUGCUGUACAAUUGGAAAAUAUCAACAACGUGCCCUAAGCUAUGUAGUGCCACUGGCUACUACAUCAAUAUGUCACAACCAUGCGGCUAAAGCACUGCUGUGGAAUGCUGGAAACAAUAAAUAUCUUUACAGCACAGAUGCUACAAAGAAACCUGCAAGUCCAGAAAUUUUGUCUAAACUAUUCCCCCAAACAGCUACCAAUGUUGAUGAGGAAACAGAACGUGAACGCAAACGCAAGGAGGAGGAAGAUGCUAAGGAAAAUGAAAAGGCCUGGAAACGUAUGAAAUUAGGUUUUGCUGUUUUUGGCGGUUCUGGUGUGGCCUUAGCCAUUUGGGCCGUUUAUGAAUUUGGCAAACCAGAGGUCGAUGUUGAUGGUCAUAUUAUCGAGGAUGAAUUCAGCAAGAGUCCCAUUGUUCAACAAUAUUUGCAACGCAUGUGGAAAUCCAUGAAUUAUUAUCAGAAAAUGAUACAAGAACCUUCAAGAGCAAAGUUGUUGCCGGAUCCCUUGAAACCACCCUAUAUACAACCACCCUAUACUUUGGUUUUAGAAAUGAAAGAUGUUUUAGUACAUCCCGAUUGGACAUAUCAAACUGGUUGGCGUUUCAAGAAACGUCCCGGUGUUGAUGUUUUCUUGCAGGAAUGCGCCAAACAUUUUGAAAUUGUUGUUUUUACGGCCGAACAAGGCAUGACUGUUUUCCCCAUUUUAGAUGCUUUAGAUCCUAAUGGUUAUAUUAUGUAUCGUUUGGUACGUGAUGCCACACAUUUCAUUGAUGGUCAUCAUGUUAAGAAUUUGGAUAAUUUGAAUAGAGAUUUGAAAAAGGUUAUUGUUAUUGAUUGGGAUCCCAAUGCUACACAAAUGCAUCCAGAUAAUACAUUUAACAUUGCUCGUUGGAAGGGUAAUGAUGAUGACUCUCAACUCUUUGAUUUAAUCAAUUUCUUGAAAGCCAUUGCCACCACCGAUGUCGAUGAUGUUCGUGAGGUAUUACACUAUUAUCGUCAAUUCGAAGAUCCCAUUAUGAAAUUCCGCGAAAAUCAAGCUAAACUUUUGGAACAAAUGCAAGAACGUGAACGCGAAGAAAAAACAAAAUCUAAACCAAUUGUUAAAAAUUGGUCAAGAAAUUUUUUGGGUCGCUAAAAACAAUACUUUACUGUAGAUUUUAGUGGACAUGUCACGCAAAAGCAGUUUUCUUUUAUUUAGCUUUAAAAUUAUCAUAUUUUUAAAACACUUUUAGCCACAAACUUGUUUUUAUGGUUAAAAAAAGGAAAAUUGGUUGAAAAAGUUUCAUUUAUAAUUAGUUUCAGUUUUUAUAUUACAACAAUAAAAAGAUUCUGAUUUAUUAGCUUUUGGCAUUA